CUCAAUAAACAACAAAUUGACUUGCAUAUAAACAUAUCAUGAAUUAAAUAGUUGAUUAAUACCACUUCUCCAAUCACCAUUUUACUCGUAGCAAACAACAUAAAGUUCCAAUCUUUUCGUUUUGUUGUUUUCCUCCACAACCUUCCCUUUCUCCUACGCCAUUUUCCCAAGAGAAAAUUCCUAGCAAAUUUCUCAUAUAUUUCACCUGAUUCAACAAAUUAUACCACAACCCAAUAACAAAUUUCUCCAAUUUUCAAUCUUUUUCAAGUUUGCCCCAAAAUUGAAUGCCAUUAGAAUUGGAGAAAUGCACCAACAAUGUUAGUAGAAUAAGCAUCAUCAAUAGCAACAAGAUUAUGGAUUUAAGUACCAAAAUCAUCCAAAUCCAAAAAACAAAAAAAUGCUUCUUUUUAUUGGUAUUACUUCCUUUAUUAGUCUUGCUUUCCCUUAUAACUUCCUACAAUUCAAAAACCAAACUCUAUAAAACCUCACUAGAUCAAAAAACCCUCUUGAAAACCCCUGAAUUUGUAGAAUCAAAGAUGGGAAUUUCACCAAUUUCCAAAAACCCACUUCCUAAAAUUGCUUAUUUAAUUUCUGGUUCAAGAGGUGAUGGUGAAAGUUUGAAAAGAACAUUAAAGGCAGUUUAUCAUCCAUGGAAUGAAUAUGUUGUUCAUUUGGAUUUAGAGGCACCCCCUGAUGAAAGAUUAGAUUUGAUAGAUUUCGUGGAGAAAGAAAGUGUGUUUAGAGAAGUGGGUAAUGUUAGAGUAAUGGCAAAGAGUAAUUUGGUAACUUAUAGAGGUCCUACAAUGGUGAGCAAUACCCUUCAUGGAAUGGCAAUUUUGUUGAAGGAAGGUGGGACUUGGGAUUGGUUUAUUAAUUUGAGUGCUUCUGAUUACCCUCUUGUUACUCAGGAUGAUUUGCUGCAUGUAUUAUCAACCAUACCAAGAGACCUUAAUUUUAUUGAGCAUACUAGCGACAUUGGGUGGAAAGAGUUCCAUAGAGCAAGACCUAUUUUAAUUGAUCCUGGUUUCUACAGCUCUCAAAAAUCUGAUAUCUUUUGGGCACCUGAAAAAAGAGGCUUACCUACAGCCUUCAAAUUAUAUACAGGCUCUGCUUGGAUGAUGCUUUCUCGCCCUUUCGUUGAGUACUGUUUAUGGGGUUGGGAUAAUCUCCCGAGGACAAUUCUAAUGUAUUACGCCAACUUCCUUUCAUCACCUGAAGGGUACUUCCAUACUGUUAUAUGCAAUGUCGAGGAAUUCAAGAAUACGACAGUAAAUCACGACCUUCAUUUCAUAUCAUGGGAUAAUCCUCCCAAACAACACCCACAUUUUCUAACAAGCGAAAAUUACAAAAGCAUGGUGAACAGCAACGCACCCUUUGCAAGGAAAUUUGGGAAAAGAGAAGCAGUAUUAGACAAGAUUGAUUCUGAGCUAUUGCGUAGCAAUAGCAAUGGAUUUGUGCCUGGAAAAUGGUUGGCGACAGAAAAUGGGAAUGAUACUGUCGGUUCUUCUUAUAGAGUGGUAAACGACACUUCUGAAAUAUGGCCUGGUCCUGGUGCUGAUAGGCUCAAAAAUCUUGUCCGAAAACUAUUAUCUAAAGAAAAUUUUCGUCCAAGACAAUGCACCUCGGUUCCAUUAUGAUUUAUACUUUCAACUUCAUACGGGAUUUCCUUGCGAAUCGAUGAGUGAAAAACACGUAGAAGCAAGGAUAAAGUCGGGGACUAUGUAUACUGGUUAGUCUACACUCCGUGCUUCAUUCUUCGGUUAGCUUCUUAGAUAUGAUUUAGUUGCAAAUAGAUUGAAUUUAAACGUUGCAUAUGAUGGGCUCAUAUAGUAUAGUAAUAUUUCCUGAAUUUUCUGUGCUUCUUGAUAAAAGAAACUGCAAACCAUGUAUUUGCUGAAUGAUUAGUAGUCAAGAAUUUUUUUAUGGUCAUGUGUAUAGAAAUAUAAAUAUGUCGAUCAUUUUUGGAGCA